AUGAGGGGGAACUGCGCCAAGGGCCUGGCUGCCAGUGUGAGCCGCCACUUCCCCUCUGGCAACAGCUGCGUCUUCCAGAAAAGCGCGAGGAAUGCGCAGGUCUUUGUGGCCUCUGUGGAGGCUCACCAGUAUGAGCCUUCAGGAUGCUGGAAUGGCCUCUGGAAAUCCAACUGGACUCUUGCUCUCACUUCCAUCACCAUGCAGGUGACAGGGCUCUUCCUCGUGCAGAUGCACUAUGUCCAGUGUGCCAACCUCCACAUCACGACCAGAAAAUCAAUGAGCAAACCACUCAACAUGACCGAUUGAAGUCAGCUCGCCACAAAAUUUGUGAAGUUCAUCAAGGUAGAGGACAACAAGCUGCACAUGGGCAUCCUGGAAAACAUGUGGGUCUUGUCAGAGUGCAUAUAGGGGAAAACUCUGUGGAGAAAACUCCCUGUCACCCACACUUUUAUAAACUGGAACCGGCUGCUGAGCGAGCAGCGUCUGUAGGUGAAUGUCUCCAUCCCAGAAGUACCUUUAUGUCUAUUGAAAGCACUAUUUGAUAUAAUGGUCUAA